GUCAGUAACAGUUGAUUGUAAUGUCAAUGCAGUCCAAUUUACAGACUAGAGCAGCGGCUUUACUCUGAAUUUCCCUGAAGUAUUACAUGAUUUCAACUCCUUGCAAACUUUAUCAUCUUUGUUGCACCGAAUCGGAAAUCAGAAUGCAGAGCAAGGAUACAAUCAUAUGCAUCAGAUUUCUUUUGUGGUUCCUUCUUUUCUGUGUGUUUAUCAAGAAAUCACACACUGAAGAAGACAUCAUAAUUACAACAAAGAAUGGAAGAGUCCGAGGAAUGAACUUGCCAGUUCUUGGUGGCACAGUAACAGCCUUUCUUGGAAUUCCCUAUGCACAGCCACCUCUUGGUAGACUUCGAUUCAAAAAGCCACAGCCCUUAACAAAGUGGUCUGAUAUUUGGAAUGCCACAAAAUAUGCAAACUCCUGUUAUCAAAACUUAGAUCAAAGUUUUCCAGGUUUCCAUGGAUCAGAGAUGUGGAACCCAAACACGGACCUUAGUGAAGACUGCCUAUAUCUAAAUAUAUGGAGUCCAGCACCUCAACCCAAAAAUGCCACUGUCAUGGUGUGGAUCUAUGGUGGUGGUUUUCAAACUGGAACGUCAUCUUUACAUGUUUAUGAUGGCAAGUUUCUGGCUCGUGUGGAAAGAGUUAUUGUAGUUUCAAUGAACUAUAGGGUGGGUGCCCUAGGAUUCUUAGCUUUGCCAGGAAAUCCCGAGGCACCAGGGAACAUGGGUUUAUAUGAUCAACAAUUUGCACUUCAGUGGGUCCAAAAAAAUAUAGCAGCCUUCGGUGGAAAUCCUAAAAGUGUAACUCUUUUUGGAGAAAGUGCAGGAGCAGCCUCUGUUAGCCUUCAUUUACUGUCUCCUGGAAGUCACCCAUUAUUCACCAGAGCCAUUCUGCAAAGUGGAUCCUCUAAUGCCCCUUGGGCAGUAAUGUCUGUCUAUGAAGCCAGAAACAGAACGCUGACUUUAGCUAAAUUUCUUGGUUGCUCAAGAGAAAAUGAAACUGAGAUAAUCAAAUGUCUUCAAAAAAAAGAUCCCCAGGAAAUUCUUCUGCAUGAAGUAUUUGUUGUCCCCUAUGAGUCUCUAUUGUUAGUAAACUUUGGCCCAACAGUGGAUGGUGAUUUUCUCACUGACAUGCCAGACACACUGCUCCAGCUUGGGCAAUUAAAAAAAACCCAGAUUUUGGUGGGCGUUAAUAAAGAUGAAGGGACAGCAUUUUUGGUAUAUGGUGCUCCUGGGUUUAGCAAAGAUAACAACAGCAUCAUAACUAGAAAACAAUUUCAAGAAAGUUUAAAAAUAUUUUUCCCAGGAGUGAGUGACUUUGGAAAGGAAUCAAUUCUUUUCCACUAUACAGAUUGGUUAGAUGACCAGAGACCAGAACAUUACCGGGAAGCCUUAGAUGAUGUUAUUGGAGAUUAUAAUUUCAUAUGCCCUGUAUUGGAAUUUGCCAGAAAAUUCUCAGACUUGGGACACAAUACCUUUUUAUACUACUUUGAACAUCAAUCCUCCAAGCUUCCUUGGCCAGAAUGGAUGGGAGUGAUGCAUGGCUAUGAAAUUGAGUUUGUCUUUGGUUUACCUCUGGAAAGAAGAGUUAAUUACACAAAAGCUGAGGAAAUUUUGAGUAGAUCCAUAAUGAAACGCUGGGCAAAUUUUGCAAAAUAUGGAAACCCAAAUGGGAUCCAGAACAAUGGAACAAGAUGGCCAGUCUUCAAAAGCACUGAACAAAAAUAUUUAUCCUUGAAUACUGACUCAUCAAGAAUAUAUACUAAACUGCGAGCUCAACAAUGUCGAUUCUGGACACUAUUUUUUCCAAAAGUCUUGGAAAUGACAGGAAAUAUUGAUGAAGCAGAACAAGAAUGGAAAGUAGGAUUUCAUCGCUGGAACAAUUACAUGAUGGACUGGAAAAAUCAAUUUAACGAUUACACUAGCAAGAAAGAAAGCUGUGCAGGUCUCUAAUUAAUAGAUUUACCCUUUAUAGAACUUGCAUUUUCCUGUAGAUCAAGGCAAAAGUAUCAGAAGCUUUCUUAUAUACCUAGUAAGAAAGCUAUUAUAUAGCUGAAACAAAAAUGCCAGGAGGAUAAUAUCGAUUCCUCAUAUCUUUCACUUAGUAUUUUAUCUAGCAUUUCAAAACCCAAAUGACUAGAAUAUAUUUAAUUAAAUUUCACAGUAUAAAGUUUUACAAUUAAUUAUAUGCUUUUUAAA